GCAUCGGACGCGGGCGCCGUGGUGUGGGGCAGGAAGGUGCAGCCAUGACGUCGGUCAGUGAAAAUAUUCUCUUUGGAAUGGGAAAUCCUCUCCUUGACAUCUCUGCUGUGGUGGACAAAGAUUUCCUUGAUAAGUAUUCUCUGAAACCAAAUGACCAAAUCCUGGCUGAAGACAAGCACAAGGAACUGUUUGAUGAACUUGUAAAAAAAUUCAAAGUCGAAUAUCAUGCUGGUGGCUCUACCCAGAAUUCAAUUAAGGUGGCUCAGGUUGGUUAAGUAUUUUAAAAUUUUUUAAAGGG